GCUUGGCUGGGCUGGGGUGAUGGCAUUUGUUUUCAUCUAUGAUCACUUUUGGUACCAAGAAAGAGAGCUAGCUGUAAUACAUCAAUAAUGGGUGUGCAACACGUGAAGACCGAAUGACAUGUUGUAUGAACAAAGGUCUUUCAGCAAGUCAAAUAAAGGAAAAUGAUUUCACUGUAGCUUUGAGGAAGCAGAAAAUUACUGUCAUGUUCAGGGAGGACACCUUACACUUGGAACCAGGAAAUUCAAGAUCUCAUCUGGGACUUUCUGAAAGAAGGGAAGAAGUGGUGAAUAGGGCAAAAUUUAAUGCUGUUAAGAAAGCAUCGAGAAAAAAACCACCCAGUUUUGCAGACUGGGAAGUCCAAGGUCCAGAGAACACAUCUGGUAAAGGCCUUCUUCUUGGUAGGAACUCCCUCCAGGGUCGCAUGGCAAUGCAGUCCAAGACUCUGUGCCAUUCCGUCAGCCCAUUUCCUUCAGUAUUACCAAAGGUCAAUCCACAGGUAAUGUCAUUCACACCUGUACCUACCAGCCAGCCUCUCCCUGUGGUAACAGAGUUCACCAAGCCUGUGUCUGUAACACGUGCUGGAAAAUCUUUGGUAGAAUUAACUUCAAGUCCAAAAGAGGAUUCCCAUCAAGAUGUCUUCACCACUCAUCUGCAAGCAUCAUUUCAGAACACAUAUGAUCAGGUCAUAGAUGUGAUAGCAGGAAACUUUAGCAGAGCAAUUCGUGAUUUGCAAGCUCACAACAAACUACAGAAAGCUUGUGAGGUCCUGCAGAAACUGACAGCCUUUAUCCCAAGAUUUUCUAAACCAGCUCAGGUCAAUGUCAUCAAUUCCCUUAUUUACCUGAGUGAGCAGUUACAGAAGAUCUCAUUUCAGAACAACAGCCGUCCGGGCUUCAAAAUCCUGGUGACUGUCUGCCUUUUUCACUGCCUCAACAAUGUAAUGAAAACUGGUGAAGAAUGUGGGCAGACAUCCAAGCAAGACACUGAGCAGGUAGAAGACAUACUGGAAAUGUCCUUGAUGGCUCUUGGGAAGAUCCAGGAAGCAUUUCUACAGCAGAACCAGUUUUCAAAGUCUUCAAUGUCUUUGACCUCUUCCAUUGCUACUCUGAUGCUGAACAGCCAAAGCAUAUCAACUUUGCCUCUGAGCUCUUCUGCUCUGGGUUUCCCAGCGCCUGUGAGGUUAGGCUUUCCAUCAGCUUCAGCUUUGGAGGAGCUCUUGAAUAAACACCCAGGAAUUAACUUCCAAGUAACAGGACUAGCUUUUAAUACUUUCAGAGAUUUUGAUGACAGGAACGCUAUUGGAAGCAUUGGAAGCUCUAAUAGUAACUUGCUCCAAGUCCAUGAUUUAACAGAAGAUGUUGAAUUGAUUAACUGUCUCUUAUUCUAGAUAAUGCUGUGGAGAAACGCUGCCAUGGAAACCCACCCCACCAGCCUCAACAUGAACACAAACCAUUUUAUAAUCACAGUGAACAUUACUUCCUUGGAGAAAUCCCUGAUAGUGAGCAUAGAGCCUGAAAGUCUUUUAAUGACACUCUACCCGUUUCAGUAUCAGCCUACACACUUUCACCUGAACAUCACCCUUCCAAAGGACCGGGUGUGGCAGAAAAAUCAGGAAUACACGUGGGUGCUGAUUCCAGAGAGUCUGCAGUACGGAACUGGCACCUACUACGUAAAAGCUGUGCUGAAUAGAAGUGAGGAGACUGCUCAGCAGACACCCGCCCUGGCCUCAGUUGUAACUGCCGUCACUCGGUGUUAUUUCUGGGACAGCCACAACAGAACGUGGAAGAGCAGUGGAUGCCAAGCUGGGCCACAGAGCACAAUUUGGAAGACAUGGUGUCUCUGUAACCAUUCAACCCUCUUUGGCAGCAACUUCUUCAUUGUGCCCAGGACAGUGAAUGUUAAAGACACAAUCAAACUGUUCCUUUGUGUGACCAACAACCCUGUUGGUGUGUCAUUGCUGGCCAGCAUUUUAGGAUUCUAUAUGAUCAUGGCUGUGGAGGCUUGGAGAAAGGAUCAGGCGGAUACACAGAAUGUGAAGGUCACUGUCCUGGAUGAUAAUGUUCCCAGCUUUCAAGUUCACCACCUUAUUCAGGUCUACACUGGAUAUUGAAGAAGGGCCGCUACAACAGCUAAGGUUGUUAUCACUCUCCAUGGAUCAGAGGGACAAAGUGAGCCCCAUCACCUCUGUGAUCCCCAGAAGACAGUCUUCUGAGGGGGACUGGAUGUCUUCCUUAUCACCACUCAGUCCUCUCUGGGAGAACUGCACAGCCUUCAGCUCUAGCAUGACAAUUCUGGCAUCAGCCCUUCUUGGUAAGUAUGUAACCAAGUAAUUGUCAUUGGUGUGGCAGUUAAGAAGAAAUGGCAUUUCCUGUGCAGUUUUUGGCUGGCUGUGGACCUAGGAGACUGUGAGCGUGACCAUGUCUUUAUACCAGUUUCAGAGAAAGAGCUCUUUUCCUUUAGGCCUCUGUUUUCCUCCAUGAUUAUAGAAAAAUUCACUCAAGAUUUUCUGUGGCUCUCAGUUGCAACUCAUCAUCCCUGGGACCAGUUUACAAGAGUCCAGUGGCUCACUUGCUGCCCAAGUGGCUCACUGCUUCUCUGCAACACGGUCAUCAAUGUUAUAUUCUGGAAGAUACAUGACACCACUGCCAAGAGAGGAGCAAAGUAUGGAAAAGCCCUGAUUUGGGGUCCAAUUGCUGUGACGUGGUCUGAACUACUUAUCAACACCCAAACUACCAUCAUCCUUGUCCCAACCAGUCUUGUCACUGGGCAGCUCUUCCUGUUGAUUCAGCCAUGGGAAACUCUGCCUCUCUUUCCUCACAUCCAGGCCUCCUGCCUCUCAGGUGCUUCUUUCGAGCCUCUCUCUCUCACAAAGGUAGUUGAGGAAUUAAAGGAAACUGUGGGAUUCCUGCUCAGGAGAAAUACAUCCCUAUUCUCAGAGUGUGAACAAUCUUUGUGGAGUUCUUGUGACAUUAAUAAGCAGGUGUAUCUUUUAUCCAGCCUCAUUUAUGCUCACUUAGAGGGUCAAGACUGUCAUCAGCAGGCAGAACCCCUGGUUCCCGAAAACUGUUAUCAUUUCUGCUAUUACCGUCUCAGAGUUCUGCAGAAGCUAAAGUCUCACUUAGAUACGGGUCUCACCCAGGUUCACCAGCCUUGUGAUUUCCUAGAUGCAGCAAGCCAACUUCAAAAACUCUGGGAACACUUGGAAACACAUAUUCUUCCCACAGAGCAAGGGCCAUCCAGGGAGGCAACCAGUUUCCUCAUCCUGAGCCCACAAGAAGAUAAGAUGCCCAUCUCUAGUGACCUGCCCAAAUGUGUGACUAUCUGCUGGCUCCUUCUAGGUGUCACUAAUCUAGCUUCAGCCUUUUUUACAACACUUUGUAGCUUGGAAUAACAAGACCAAGCCACCAGCUGGGUUACUUCGAUGAUACUAUCAGUGCUUCAGAACAUCUUCAUCAGCCAGCCAAUAAAGGUGAUCUUCCACACUUUCUUAUUCUCACUGAUGAUGAACAGGAUGCCGUGGCUUAACACAGAGAAGGAACAACGAACAAAGAGAAUCUUGGCACUUUGGACUAGAGUAUCUCCUCAAGAACAAGUGACGCCAUCUCACCAACAUCAGGAAGAUACAGAGAACUAUGGGGUUAACUGGGGCCCCCCUGAUACAAACAUCAUAAAAUCAGACGGCAUUUGGCAUUACCAGAAUCAGGAGAUGCUGGGUGGCUACCCCGUCCAAGGGGAAUUUGCUACUUACUCAGGAUCAAGGUGUUCUUUGUUCUUUUCACGUGCUUGUUUCACCUCUGUGAGACUAGACAGCUUAACUUGCCGGCAGACAUCAAAUAAGGGUUUUGCCUGGUCUAACAUCUCACAAAUCAUCUAUUACCAACUAGUCUGUUACUAUGCCUUCAAGAUACAAGAUCAACAGCUGAAAUGGCAGAGGUGAAGGUUCUUCACUAGGGAGGGAAACAUUCUGGACAUGAACAUAAUCCUCAUUCGUUUUGUCAUCUUGGGACUUGACAUGAAGCAUAUUUCUCUACACAACAAAAACACAGCACAAUACCACCAUGACUGGUACAGGUUCAUCAACUUCUAUGAGGCAAUAAAAAUGAACUCUGCUCUCACUUAGGGCUUCCUGGCUCUAUUGGCAACUGUUCAGCUAAGCAAUCGGCUGCAUCAUAACCCCAGGCUGCAGGUCAUCAGGAGAACACUGAUCAAAGCCUGGGACGAGGUGGUGGGCUUUCUGCUCUUCCUGAUCCCGCUGACAGUCUAUGCCACUGCUUUGAAUCUGCUGUUUGGAUGAAGCAUCUCUGACUACCAGACUUUUUUCAGCUCAGCAAUGAUUACUGUUGGUCUCCUGAUGGGAAUUUCUCAAUACAAGGAGGUUAUUGCUUUGGACCCAGUCAUAGGCUCCUUUCUGAUCCUCACCAGUAUCAUCUUGAUGGUAUUUGUGAUCAUUAAUCUAUUUUUUUCUGCCAUUCUAAUGGCCUUUGGAAAAGAAAGAAAGUCCCUUAAGAAAGAAGCUACAUUGAUAGAUAUGCUGCUAUAGAAGCUCUCAAACUGGUUAGGAAUCCAGCAGCACCAGAACACUUCACUUGAGCAAGCAGCCAUGACAGCAAUGGGCAGUAACACUGAAGCUUUAGAAGACAAAGACAAUCUAUCUUAG